AUGGCAGAAUUGAAUUUGCUGAACAGACAGCAAAAUGGCUUAAAAGUGAUUGAAUUUGCUGAACAGACAGCAAAAUGGUUUAAAAGUGAUGCAGGUAUGGAAAAACUGAUAGAAUUGUUCAAAGACAAAGAAGAGCUAGAAGACUGGGUUAAAUUUCUCAGAGAACUGAAGUCAAAAGUUCUAAGGGAAUGCAGAGAAAGAGCCAAAAGCACAGGAAAAGAAAGUCUGCAGAAGAAAUCCAGUACUAUUCAAUGUAUGAUCAACACAGAUGUAGAAUCGCAAUCAGAAUCAGAGAUGGAUGCACCUGUGUCGAAGAAGAAAAGAGUUCAGUGUGUACCCAGCGAGCCCUCUGAAGAAUGUGGUUCACAGCCAGGUUCCAAAGCAAUGAUGGUGUUGAAGGUGACAAAACCAUUUACAUAUGGAAUUGGAAAAGAUGAGAAAAUGCUUCAUGCCAUCAUGGCUGAUGAACAGAGACGCAUCCAAGUCAAAGUCUUUGACAUAACAGUGAAAGACAAGUUCAUCCCCAACACUGUCAUCGCCUUAUCAAAUUAUGUUACUCAAGAUGGGUUCCUGGAAAUACACAAAUCCAAAACUGUGUCUCAUGUAUGUGCUGACCAAGGGAUGAACAUCUCUUGUUCUUAUUAUGCAAAAGAUAAUUUAAUAAAAAUUUGGAUUCAAUUUAGGCAAACCUGUUUGUUUUCUGAGUAUAUUUCUUUUCCAGUUGGUUUAAAAUUUUAA